AUGGCGAGGAGCACUGCAGAUGAUCCUAAAGUUAUGGAGACGCAUUUUGAGGCCAAACUUCGUGAUGGAUCGAUUGCAACUAUCUGUCAAAAAAAGGAGUUCAAACAGAAACAAUCUAAAACGCUGGGAGAGAUGAGCGCAGACUACAAUCAAUACGGAUACUAUACAGGAGCUGGAAGUAUGCCUGCAUCAGCUGCAGCUCCAUCACCCGCUGCUUCUGUUCCUGCAACUUCUGUUUAUGGAGAGCAACGACCAACAUUCUCAGAAGAUGGAACUGGUGCUCCAUACAGCACUAUACUCAAUCUUGUCGGGAGUUCUGCGGUGAACAGUGAUAUCAGUUACGAUACAUCAUCGAAAGAUCCUCAUAUGAUCAGAGCCCGUGUCUUCAUCGGAAACAUUGCCCGUGCAAUCAUCACCCGCGAUGAUAUCAUUGAAUUGUUCCGACCAUUCGGAAAAAUUUUGGCUGUUAAUUAUUUUGCUCAACAAGGAUUCGGAUUUGUUCAAUUUAAUGAAGCUUCAAGUGCAGACGAAUCAUGUCGUUCACUUAAUGGAAUUUCGUGGAAAACAUGUUGUUUGGAUGUUCAUUUGGCUAUGUUGGGCUCAUUGAAAAAGCCAACUGGAAACGAAGGUCGUCAUGGAAAUCCUGUAGCGCCAAUUCCAUCGGCUAUCCCCGUCGGGAAGCCGAUGGUUACACAGGUCGUUGAAUCAUCAGCGCAAAGCGGAAAACGGCCAUUCGAAGAAGAGGAAUAUGAGAUUUUCAAGCAGAACAAACGGAAUAAACAAUUCGCAAAUGGGGAUAGAACAACCAAUGACCAAUUGGCACCGAAUGAAAUGUGUGACACAAUGGUAUGUGGACAUUGCCGCUUCGUUACCAGUGAUUUCGAAGAAUUCAAAGAGCACCGUGUUGCUGGGUGCAGCAAAUUCAAAGAUCCUGAAGAACCACGUCACCGUCUGAAAUGUGCGACGUGCAGUCAGCGAUUCCUUGGUGCCUGGGGACUGCUGGAGCAUCUCACAGAGUUUCAUCGUAUGCUGCUGUAUAACGAGGAGAAACUUACACCAAGUGACCUCGCUCAAAUGCGUGCUGGCUCAUCUGCAUCUUCUGUCUCUGGAGCUCCACAAAACGUUUCUCAAACUACUCCACAAGACAUCUCAGCCAAUUCCACUCCAUCUUAUCCGAUGAUUAUUGAAGGAACGCCUGUGUCGUAUUCAAACAAUGGAACACCUCAAAACUGA